AUGUCUAGAGCACCAUCGCAAUGUGGGCCUUCGUCGUCUGACCAACGGUAUACGAACCAAAUAAGACAAGCACAUUACCCUGGGUAUCAUGGCGUGCCAGCGAGUUCAAAUCAAACCUAUCCAACACAAGGGUUACCUCGAUUCCUCUACCCAGAUAAUCAAGCGUACGACCCUACUGUUGCCACCCGACCGCUAGGUUCUCAGCGCUCCUGGCAAGGGAAUCAGCAGAGCAGUGAUGCAGAUCGGAGAUAUAAUAAUGUAUAUGGGAACUAUGGAAACAUCGACCCCCGACUCCAGUACAGCUUGCAGCGGAUAGGUCCCGUGAGUUUUCAGCAGCAUGCGCCCGGAAGCGCGGAAUAUUACAGCUACCAAAGCUCUUACCAAGAUGCGUCUAACUCGUCGGUGGGCUAUGGACGAGGCUCAGUUGGAUCUGGUGGGUGGUCAAACGAUGUGGAUUCCCAGUAA